UUUGAAAGUAUCAACCCAACAAACCUUUCUAUAUAAAGGCAGUUUUUUUUUAAUCAAAAUACACCAUUUGUUUCGCAUCACGAAUACGGUUUAAAUACUCUGUUCCGGGGUAGUAGAACUUACAAAGUUAUACUACCUUAGGUGUACAUGCUAAUAACUAGUUAGGCUAACAGAGAGACGUUCUUCCACUAUAGCUUCCCUGUUAGCCGCUGUGCUAACACAAGGAUUCAGACAUUCGACACAUGACGUCCAUCACUGAUAAGAAAAUCAUUGAUGGCUUUGCCAAUGAAAUGAAUGAGAUGCACAACAAACAGCAGAAAACAUAUGCAGAGAUCAUUGAUGCCAGCACGGAGCUGAGCCAGUCCCACAGGUACUUUGUCACAUCUGCACUUGAUGCAGGUUUAAAGAAACGUGAUAAUGAUGAGAUGCUGCUUGACACCUUAGAAGCAUUUAAAAAAGAUUUGCAACAUAAAAAUGCAUUGUUGAAGGAAGAACGGCACGCUAUUGCAGAAAUGGCAUCUGAUAUCGAUCAGAAGGAAAUACAGAAACACGCCAUCAUUCAGAAGAUUGAGAAGCUUAAAGAAGAUCAAACAAGGAGAAAAGAGUUUAAUGAGUCUCAGUAUAAAGCAAACAAGGACCGACUGAAUAACUUGCAAAAAGCCAGAAUUGUCUUUCAGGAGAAUUUAGGAAUGGAAAUACGAACAAUACGCGGCAUGGCACAGCAUGUCAACGGUGAAAAGUUGCAGUUUGUGUUCCGGAAUAUCAACCCCACUGAUCUGAACAGUACCUAUGUUAUCACAAUGGGAAUCAAGGAAGACAGAGUAUAUCAGAUUCAAUCUUGUGACCCUGCGCUUGAGUGUCUGCCAGAUUUGGAAAGACGCCUUCAGGAGACUAACAACUUACCAGCUUUCCUGGCCAAUGUAAGGAAGCAGAUUAUCUCCUGAGCACGCUAA